CGACAACAAUGAGUGCGCCCGCUACUCAUUGCGCCGUACAACUCUCGCCACCGCGAAUAUAGCAAGAGGACGCGCCAGAAUGUCGGACAUCAAGCCAGACGAGUCUUCAGGCACCGUAGAUGGCGCUGCAGCGGCGAACGCGAACGAUUCCUCGAGCCUAAACGCCCGUCCGACCGUUGCAGAUUUGCAUGGAGACAACCAUUUCGCGCAGGUGGCGAGGAAGAGUUGGCUGAGCGCGACGAAGGCGCCCAAAGUGCGACCAGAAGUGGUCAAGAAAGAGCUAUGGGAUGAGCUGGAGAAGCUCGGCUUUGCGUACUCGUCGCUGUUGGUAUUGGAGAACCUGCAGCUGCUGGAGAGGUAUCUGUGGCCUGGGUUUACGGAGGAGGCGUCGAACUACCAUCAUCUGCUGCUGGCGCUUAUGGUCAACGUGAAGAGGAGGGAGAAUUUACCGUCAUGGGAACACUUCACCAACAAGCCCGCCGAAUUCUCCUCCUUCUUCCGACGCAUACUGUCCAUGAGCGUAGACCCCUCGCAGCCGAUACAGAUCCGGACACAGCUCAUAUCGUUCGUCAUCGGCGCAUUUCAAUCCCUGGACAGCGGUCUGGUGCGGAAGGAGUGCGCGCCUUUGGUCAGCAUAUCGAUAUGGCAGAAUUUGCAUUCCGAAGAAGCCCGGGAACUUCAAUUCGAGCAACAUCAGAUGCUACGGAGAGCGUGGCGGGCAGCGCACAAGCGAUUCGAUGCCGGGGACGAGGCGUUACAAGCUAGGCUACGGUUUGAGCGGUCAUGGCUGUACACGCUGCUGCUGGACUUCCUGGACCAUCUGUACAACAGCAGGACGAGGGAAGAGAUGCGAGACAAUCUGGCCUACUGCGAGCGCUUCAUGGAGCUCCUGACGGACCUGCAAAGCCAGCUUCCGACGCGGAGAUAUUUCAACACAUUACUGCAGGACCUGAACAUCCUACCUGCAAUCAGAUUGUCGCCGACGUACACAGACGAAGACAACGGGUUGUUCCGAGAUCUUUUCAACCUCCUAAGCCACUUCACGUACUUUCCAAUCGAGGACCAGACAGGCAGACAAUUAUCGAAACUGGACUAUGACCAAGAGCAUUACGCCAUUCUAGCGAAGCUACAGCGCGUGGGCUAUGCGGCGUUUCAAGAGAAGCUUCAACUUUUGGCUCUAGCGAACUACGGCAGCGUCGGAAAUAGGGACGAGCUGGAAGGUCACAUCAAAGCGUUAGACGACGAUGAACUCACACAGCUAUGCUCACUCAUGGGAUUGAGGACGAAAUAUCCAAACUCAACAUUUCUAGUACGAGACCGGGCCUUCUUCACCGAGGUUUUGAUGUCGUUGGUCGAAUAUAGGUCUACCUUCAAAGACGUCGUACGCGAGAUGCCAGUCCUCCCAACAGAGAAGAUUCUGUACGAAACGACCUUCCUACGAAACGAGGAGUACAAUGGAUCUAGGCCACUGGCAAUACCGAAGCUGAACCUCCAGUACCUCACCAUGGGCGACUUCCUCUGGAGGUCGUUCAUCUUGUACAGGGCCGAGUCGUUCUACGGUAUUCGAAAGGAUAUGGAGGACGUCGUAAAGCGCGUGCAGCCUCGUGGCAAAGGUGUGACUACGAGGUUCGGCGGCUUCUCACGGAUGUCAAUACCCAUAUCGAAGCCUGGCAUCGUGGACGUGGCGCCAUCACGAGUAGGCGAGGAGCAUCCAGCCUAUGUCCGCGCCGAGAUAAUUCUGGAUGUGAGUCGCCUGCAGUAUCCAGUGCGGAGGGAGUGGGAGUCGCUCAAACCAGACGACGUGGUGUUCCUACUCGCCGUCGAAGGCCCAGACGACGAGCCUAUGCGGAAUGGAGUCGAUCAGCAGAGCACUGGAGAACAGCUCGGCAUCCACAGGCUCAGGUGCGCCGAGGUGGUGCAGAUACAGGACGAGAACGGUCGACCUCUCCGCGAGCAACCGCCCAUGGACGGAAUGGGACCACGAGCGCGCACCAGACGGCUCAUCGUCAACAUCGAUGCGAAGCAGUAUCAGCAGGACAUGGACCGUGUCGCGCAAGGCCGGCAGAAUGUCUACGAGCAGAUCAACCUCGUGGUGCGUCGGAGAGGGCGAGAGAACAACUUCCGCCCCAUCCUCGACUCCAUCAGGCGCCUGACACUCUCGGACAUUCCAGCACCCUCCUGGCUCCAAGAGGUCUUCCUAGGAUAUGGUGAUCCUGCGUCUGCAUCCUACAGACGUCUCCCCAACCGCCUGCAUUCGAUAGACUUCCGUGAUACCUUUUUGGACUGGCAGCACCUUAUCGAAUCCUGGCCCGGCAAAUCUAUCGAGCCACAUGAGAGCGCACAGUCUUCCUUUGGGCCUCCAUACGUCGUUGAGUUCCCCGCAGCAGCUGAACCAGAGCCGGCAUCUGUACGACCAUCGAAGAAGCGGCGUCGCGACCAGGCAGAGGUUACACAACCUGUGCAUGAGUCUCUGCACGUUGCGACGUACAAACCGCCCAACAUGGGGCCCUACCCUGCAGACGCACCCAAGCUCAACAGCGUCAGGUUUACCCCUGCUCAGAUUGAGGCGAUAACUUCGGGCACCCAGCCUGGCCUAACUGUUGUGGUCGGCCCGCCGGGUACCGGAAAGACGGACGUAGCGACCCAAAUUAUAUCCAAUAUAUACCACAACUUCCCGGACCAACGGACGUUGCUCGUCGCGCACAGCAACCAGGCGCUCAACCAGCUCUUCCAGAAGAUUGUGGCGCUCGACAUCGACGAGCGCCACCUCCUGCGUCUGGGUCACGGCGAGGAGGAGCUCGAGACAGAGGCCAGCUACAGCAAGCAUGGCCGUGUAGAGUCGUUUCUCGAGAGAGGCUCCUACUAUCUGUCUGAAGUAGAUCGCCUGGCGAAGAACUUUGGCGCGCCCGGUGCUCAUGGGAGCUCGUGCGAGACAGCAGAUUAUUUCAAUCUUGUCUAUGUGAAGCCAGCUUGGACGCAGUACUGGGAUCGUGUCUCGUCCCCGGAUAUCAGCGUCGACCAAAUAAUCGCUGAGUUCCCGUUCAAGCAGUACUUUGCGAAUGCACCGCAGCCUCUGUUCCCGCCUGCUGCAGACCGCGAGCAGAUUGUCGAUGUUGUGCAAGGCUGCUAUCGCCAUGUCGAGAAGAUCUUUACUGAACUCGAGGACAUUCGUCCGUUCGAGAUUCUGCGCAAUCCGCGCGAUAAGGCGAACUACCUCUUGGUGAAAGAGGCGCGCAUCAUCGCAAUGACAUCGACACAUGCUGCGAUGCGAAGGCAGGAGAUUGCGUCGCUGGGCUUUCACUACGACAACGUGAUCAUGGAAGAAGCAGCCCAGAUCACCGAGAUCGAGAACUUCAUCCCACUAGCUCUGCAGAACCCUCAGAACGGGGAGCUCCCUCUCCAGCGCAUCGUCCUGUGCGGAGACCAUCUCCAGAACUCACCCAUCAUCCAGAACCUCGCUUUCAGACAAUAUGCCAACCUGGAGCAAUCGCUCUUCCUACGGCUCGUCCGCCUCGGCGUCCCCACUAUAAUGCUCGACCAGCAAGGCCGCGCCCGUCCCUCAAUAGCUUCCCUCUAUAAAUGGCGUUACCCGAACCUCGGCAAUCUGCCCUCCGUACUCUCCUCCCCGGAAUUCCAAACCGCAAACCCUGGCUUCAGAUAUGACUAUCAGUUCAUCGACGUGCCGGACUACAAAGGCAAGGGUGAGAGUGAACCCACGCCACACUUCAUCCAGAAUCUAGGGGAGGCAGAGUACGCGGUUGCGUUGUAUAUGUAUAUGCGGCUGCUCGGCUAUCCAGCGAGCAAGAUUAGUAUACUGACAACGUAUGCGGGGCAGAGGGCGCUGAUUAGGGAUGUGCUGAGCCAUAGAUGUAAAGGGAACAGGCUGUUUGGGUUGCCGCGGAUUGUGGCGACGGUGGACAAGUAUCAAGGGGAGCAGAAUGAUUAUAUCAUUCUCUCCCUCGUCCGCACGCGCUCAAUCGGCUACCUCCGCGACAUCCGUCGCCUCACCGUCGCACUCUCGCGCGCCCGUCUGGGUCUCUACAUCCUCGGUCGCGCUUCUGUCUUCGAAUCCUGCUUCGAACUCAAGCCCGCCUUUGACAUCCUUCUAGCCCGCCCCACGAAACUCAUGCUCGUCACCGACGAAAUGUACGGUCAAUCGGCUCGAACUGUGGAGAGCAAAGUGGAAGAAGGACAAGAGGCGGCUAUGGACGGUGUAGAGCAUCUGGGGCAGUACGUAUAUGAGAUGACGAAGGCGAAGGUGGAAGCGCUCAAGGCCGGGGGCGGUGUGCUUCCGCAGACACAAGACGUGCGGAUGGGCGAUGCGCAAGAAGUCCAGGCGGACGAAGACGAAGAAGCGGAUCGAGAGGAUAACGUGAUUAUCAAGGAUGACGAGGCGGAUGAUGAUGAUUAUGGACCUGAGCAACCCGUCGAAGUUACCGGUUAGAUAAUGGGCAUGGUGAUUCGGCCUGCAUUUGGGACAUUCCAGAGUCGAAGAAGGGGAAACAGCGGUGCGGUGCAUAGUUUAUAUAGGCUUCAUUCAUGUAGAGAUACCAAAAUCAACGGAUACCGUGCAUUCAUGCUUGGUUUGC